AUUGUUUGAUCAAUGUAGACAAAAUUGAAUUCACCCACUGUCGGCCUAAAUAUAGCACAGUAAAGUGACUAAUGUUAAAAAAACACCGUGAACUUGGCUGCUCGAGUCGUCAAUACAGGUUAUCAAUACGUCAGUAACACUUGUUACUUGUUACUUGAUAUUUAAUACGAGCCCGAAGGCUUAGUAAAAGAUACUAUAGACGUGGUCAUGUCACUUGCCCUGGCAGAUAUCGACAUGGACAUGGCACAAGAACUCGCCAAGUACAAAGAGGAGAAUUUGAGAUUAGUCGAAGAGAAAAAUAACAUUAUGAGAGAGUUUAGUACGAGAAUGAAAGCUCAUCUUGAGGAAGUGAGACUUUUAAAAGAAGUCAACGCGCGUUUACAGACGGAACUUGACGACCUUCGUGACUUGUGCUGUUACCUCGAUGACGACCGAAUUAAAUGUCGCAAUCUGGCAAAAGAGUGGCAAAGUUUCGGUCGCUACAUUUCGUCAAUUUUACACACGAAAGAGAGCUGUUAUCAGGAAGAAGUGAACUCGUUAAGCUUACAGAAAGAAAGCGUAAUUGCCGAGAAUAUUAACCUCAAGAGGCUGUGCCAUGAACUAGAAAAUUGUUCGAGUGUUUCUAGUUCUACGCAGCCUAGAGAAUACGUCUGCAUACGUUGUUCGCAGCGUAUCUCUCUAGAAAGGGGUUUGAACGGAGUCGUACGGCGAAAUCCCAAUGGCUUACGUACUGCGAGCAUUAUUAAUCAAAAAGGUAACCCGCUAUUAAAUUAAACUCUUGAGUCUUGUCCUUAAACUCGAACUCAUAACCAAAUGCUUGAGCAAUAUAUUUCUACGAAUUAAUGCUCGUGGUUGAAUUCAACGUUUGUACUAUUUGCUUAAAUAAUUAUUAAUUAAACUGUCAUACACGAACCGCACACUUAAAUGUUGUUUAUAAUUUUAGAAAAUCCUAACAAUGAUGUUGAAAGCAGCUUGCCUUCUCCUAAUGGAAGCCUUUUAUCACAGGUACAAUAUAAAACCAGCCUGCCUACUGCUCAUUUAGAAAAUUGCUUUUUAAUUGCGGUUUCCGGUGUCACGCCAACGCGAAAGUGCGAUUUUUCCGGCUACAAAACGGUGUGUUUUAAGACGUUUUCAUUACAAAACUCGGCUAAAACAGUACAACACAAUGACAUAGCUUGUUUUAUAGCUACCGAAUAUAAGCAUAUCUUUCUUGUUUAUAGUAAGCAAGUAUGUAGGUUUAUUGUACGGUUUGGCGCUGGUAUGUGAAACAUGUAAAUAUUCGUGAAGUAAUUGUUUUUCUGUUGACUUUUACGCAGCAACCUGUCCGCUGGCAACUUAGCGCGAAAGCUUUUUAAUCCAUAGAAAAACUAAAAACAGAACUGUAAUAUAUUGUUGUUAAUUGACAACCUGACAUGAUAUUGAAUUCGUUGUCACAACCUGUGAGGAGACUGAUUACUGACGCCGUGACGCGCACCAUUAUUUUGGCACGGUAGUAUACUACGGGGUACCCUGGUUGCCAGAGGUUCUGUAUCUUUCGCCUUAUUCCCGCUCGUUUAAUAAAUAUACGAGCGGGAAUAAGGCGAAAGAUACAGAACCUCUGGCAACCAGGGUAACUACAGGGCGUCUAAAAAAACGAUCCUUUACAAAUCAUUCCUUUCUUGUAAACACCCAAACUUCAUAACCCUCUGGGAGUUUAGAAUGCAUUGUAAUCGUACGAGCAUAUUAAAACUGCGUAAAUUAAAAUUGUGCAUAAAAAUUGUAAUUGAAAGUUAAAACGACCAGUUAGAAAUUUGUCCCAUCAGUUCGAUUAAAAAUGGUCCAAUUGACUAAAGGGCAAACAGUCAUUUACUGUUUUACGUGUUAAAUUUACCAGCACAUAAUCAUAUAGAGCGUUUGGACUCAUUCCCCAGGGAUCAACUCAACAAAAGCCGGCAUGGCGGCCAUGUUGGUGUUCCAGACAAAUUAGAGUCUACCCCUGUACAUGGUGUACAAAAAAAUGUACAUCCUUUCAAAUUAGCCAUAACUGUUUUACUGAAUAUUUGUUGCUCUGCAGUAUAAGCUGGCCCAUUUUAUAUCUUAUGCAGACUUGAAUAAUGCUUAAUUUAAACACUUUUCUUUGAGUUCUGUAUUUGUUCAUACAAAUGGAGGUUAUAUCCUAAAUUCCCAUGUGCAAAAGACCUUCUGUUUUCACGCAUCAUUAAUUCGAGAAAUUAUACGGCUGUCAAAUUACUACAAUAGGUUACGGUUAAUUUGAAUUUGAAAGGGUGUACAUUUUUUUAUACACCCUGUACAACGUACCAUUAAACAGCGACGCGCUGUUUACAGCGUAUACCGUUAAAUAGGGUGCACGGUAAAGGAUAUAGUUAACGUUUCAUGAGUCGUGAAUUCACAAUAUUUGUUCUCGUGAAAUGGUGAACUUUUGUGUCGUGCGGAAACGUGAUUUAUAUGCUAAUAUGCCAAGCCGUGAGCCGUUAAUGCCGACAAUGUUUGUCCGGGAAAUGAGAAAUUAUUUGAGACCGGUACUAAGAAUAUAGCCUGCGCGCAGGCUAAGUAGAACAAAGAUUGGACGAGUAGUGAGAAGUAAGAAAGUAAAUGCCGAUUUUCAAUACACAUGCAACUCUUGCCUAAAACUGUCGCAUGUAAAACUGCUUACAACUUGAGUUAGUGUACUCUGUAAAUCAAACACCUUACUCACCCACGUUGUCUUAGAUGGCACCUUGGCAUUUUUUAGCUUAAAUUUUAUAGUCUUUAUAUAAUAGUUAUUUCAAGGCGCCAUGCAGGACCCUUCCUUAUGUAACUACUUAUUUUAGUUUUCUUAAACUUGUAGUAAAGUUUAAGGGUUGAAAUAAAUUUGUUGUUGUUGUUGUUGUUGUUGUUGUAUCAUACUCAGCGUAUGAUAGAAAAUGCAAUUUACUUUUGAAAACGUGUUUUAUACUGUGCAUUUUGUGAAAUGGUUAAUUGAAAUAAUUUUCUAUGUGAAACAUGAAAUGACCGAACGCCCAAAGAAGGUAUAUGUAAAAGAAAGAAUGACACGUCUAUAUAGGCUAUAUUAGUAUAUAUGUCACGUUCCAGUAAUUCUACAAGAGGACACUAAUGAAUGAGUGUUGGUAAUCGGAAAUGAUCAGUCAAAUCAUUAAAACCAAUAUCAAAUAAUAUUGGUUUUAAUUUUGAAACAUGGAAAGUGUUCAUUUCAUAAUUCAUAAAGAAAAUUCAAACCAAAUGGAUGUAAUCGAUCAAUGUCUCCUGUAGAUCUCAUGUAUCAUAUUGCCGAUCAGAUCUAAUAUUCGUAGAUUCCUGCCGUGAAAUUUUCAUAAUCAAACUACGUAAUAUUCAGUAUUCCAGCUAAGCUCGUGAAUUUCACAAUUGACUCGAGCAAUUGAUCUUGUAGGAUUCGUACAGUGAAAGUUCUAUAGCUGGACAGAAGAAUGGAAAGCGAAAGAAAGUGUCGUUUAUCGAACCUGAUGAAGUGCACGUAAGGAAAUUCAAACAUUUUAACGAAAGUUCUUGAAUUUGAUAAAGUAGUGAUUGGCUGGUCACCGCAGUCGUAGGAAACGAAGCAUAUAUUAGGCUUCCUUAUUACUUUAUAUUUAACGACUAGACAUUAUUUAUAUUUCGCGGGAGUGGCACCGAAGAGAAAUGUUUUUCAUGGUAAAAAGUUGUGGAUCCAACCAUUAGAACUUUUUUAGCCAACCUCAAAUAUCAAUUAAAAGUACAUACCCAGCCCUGGCCAAAACUUUACAAAAGGAUACCAUUCAGUGGUCACACGUGUCUCUUUACCACUUCAGUGAAAUGGGCUCAUAUUCGAACAGGCCCUGACUCAAUCUACUCUAUUCUACUCUGAAAUGGGCUCAUCUCAGAGUAGAAUAGACUGACCUCAGAGUAGAAUAGACCUGACUCAAUCUACUCUAAUCUACUCUGAAAUGGGCUCAUAUUCGAACAGGCCCUGACUCAAUCUACCCUAUACUCAAUCUACCUGAAAAUAUAUGAAAAGAUAUGAUGCUUGUGAUGUUUCUCUGAGUGUAUAUCCACACCGGGCAAGCUUGAAAACUAUGCCUGACAACGGUGGGAAUCGAACCUGCGACCUUUGGAAUACUAGUCCAUCGAUUCCCACCGUGGUCAGGCAUAUUUUUUUCAAGCUUGCCCGGUGCGGAUAUACCCAGAGUAACAUCACAAGCAUUAUAUUCACCUGAGUAUGUAUACAUUACACCAAAACAGAAAAAAAUCAUAUGAAGAGAUAUGUUAGAAAUGAAACAGUCGUCAUCCAACCAAUUUUUAUAACGUACUAAUCCCACUCCCUAGUUGGAGUCUGAAUUAACGAACAGUUUUUUUAAUCCAUUUAACAUUUUUUAUUGAAGCAAUAUUCAUAUCGAUCCGUUUUCUUGUAGGAAGCGGAAGACGAAGUGAAACAUAAACCACUGGACAUCAAUUCCAAUGGAAUAAAAGGUGUCUAUGCAUUGGCCUACACACGCAUUGGCCUACACACUUAAAAACGCACAAGUUGUAACAAACCUGCAGCAGACUUGUUGUAGCAAUGCUGUUCCAACAACUGUCGACAGGAUGUGUUCGCACUGCUUGUUUCCAAAUUGUUGACAAGUUGUCAACGGCUUGUUGACAACUUACUACAGGGUUGUUGAGCUCAACAGACUUGUUACAAAUUGUUCCAACAACUUGUUAUCGCUUUGCAAUUCAACAAUUUGUCAACGUGUUGUGAGUGACAAUCUUGUAGCAACUUGAUAAAAUAAUAUUGGCAAUAUUGGCAUUGGCAUUGACUUUCUUUUUAAUUUCUUAGAAAACCGUGGGAUCCUGCGGAAUGGCAUGCGAAAACAUCAUUCAAAUGUAAGAAUUGUAAUAUCAAUUAUUAUUAGUAUUAUUUGUGAUUUGCUACACCACACCGAGUUAAUUUAAGUGAACACACAUAUGAAUUAUUUAGUAUAAUACAUGGAUAAGUAGUUGGCGAGGAGGCAUCCUGAAAGCAAAAGCAAAGGCUUAUAGAUUGGAUGUCUCCUCGUGAAGUUUUUCAAGGCACAGUGAUAAAUACUGUAGAUAGAUUACAAGUUGAUCUAUUAUAAUAAUUGUAUUAAUAUAUUAUUGAUAAAGAUGAAGAGAAGUCAGUUUAUAAUUGUUCUUCAGUUAAGAUUGGAUUAAAAAAGAAAAAAAAGGAACUUUCUAAUAAGAACUUAAGCGUUCUAUACUCCUGAAGCAACUGAAAGUCUCUGUUUCAAGAAUAUCAUUUGGCAAGGAGUUCAAGAUUUUGAGACCUUCAUGGAAAAGAAUAUUGUAAACUGCUUAUAGUAUUUGUUUCACAUGAUGUUCAACGUGAAUUUAGAGUCAUUGUCGCUGUGUACUUGAUUGCUAUAGUAAUGAAUAAGUUGUGAAAAGAUGAGGGAAGUAAACAGUGGUGAUAGGAAAACAUGAAUUUUGCUAUAUCACUAUGAAAUGUAUUAAUUUUGUAAAUAUCAAGAGUUUUCAUUUGAGUAAACAAUGGUGUGGUAUGCGCACGAAUAACUGAAUUUGUAAAUGUUCGAACAAGUCUAAGCUUAAUAAGGUCUCAUCUUCGUUUGACCUGAGCUUACGAACUAGGUUGACUAUUUUCAUCCGUAUUUUAAUAGAUCCAUGGUUCUACAUCAAGUAACGAGAGUAACUCAUCAGUUCACGAGAUCAACAGAGCGAUGCAGGUGUUAGAAAUACACUCACAGUUGGACGAGCGAGACCACGAGAAAAAAGAACCGCUGAAAGAUAAGGAGGUAGCUGUUUUGAAAGAAAUGUGCAAUGUAAGUUUGGAAAUCUACAAUAAUUUUGAAAUGCAUGAACGACGAUAUUUGGUGAGAAAAAUGGACUUAAAGUUUAUGUAACAGCAGGAUUUUGUAUCAGCAUUCAAGUUCCUUCGCGGUCAUGAUUUUCUUUGUGUUGUCUUCAUGAAUUAUCGACGAGAAUUACAAAUUUGAUUGCGUUGUGUUGUGUUGUAUUUCAUUAUAUUGCCAUCUCUAUUGUUGUAUAAUUGUAUUCUUUUAUAUUGUAUUGCAUUGUAAAAUGAUUGUAUGCUAUUAUUUGUUUGCAAUGAUGUAUUUUUGGGAUUUCAGUUGAAGGGCAGGUAUAACAAAAAAAUUAUUUUAUAAAAUUAUUUAAUGUAUUGAUCGAGUUUAGAGACAGUUUAAGACUCAAAAGAUGAAUUACCGUUCAGUUUGUCUUGCUACAAGUUGUUUGGUUGCCCGUCAUUUGGAUCAAAAGUCACGUGAUUGCAAACAAAGAAUUGUGUAUAAGUCGUUCUCUAUUGUAUUCGAAUUCUACCGUUUAUUGUAUUCCGCUGUGUUGCAACUUACGGUAUUUGGGUAAUCGUUCCAUGUUUCGCGCACCAAUAUAGUAAACGUUAUGUAAUGGAUAUUAUAGUGUACUGAAAAGUUAACUGAAUACCUCCAUACACGUAUAUACAUACCCUAACCCUAUCCCUAACCUUAAACCUAACCCUAACCCCUAACCCUAACCUAACCCUAAUACCUAACCCCUAACCCUAACUUAUAUUGGUGCGCGAAACAUGGAACGAUAACCGGUAUUGGUAUAUAGUUAACUUAAGGUGGCUCUGCGGAGGAGCGAGAGCAAGCCCGGUAAAACGCUUUUUUCAUUUUUUCUUAGGUUGUCUGGAGAAAGUUGUCAAAUGACGAUCCGCGAUCAAGCAGUGCCGCUGCGAAUCACAGAGUACACGAUGAUGACAUUGUAUACGAAGAUCUUUUAUAGCAAAGGGGUAUUGAACGCGUCAUGGACAUGGGCGUGGCGACCUGGGCGGGCUUUAGGGGGGGGGGGGGGGUGCAGCACGGCAGCACCCCGCGAAUAAGUAUUAAAAAGUUGGCCAAACAAGAUUUACUGUUAGUCAAAAAAUAUUGAUAGAAAAUGCGCUGAAAUUGUGAUGUAAAUGUAUAGGUGUUUUGAUUUUCUUACGAGUAUGAGCGGGGCAAGCAGAAAAUUAAUUCUACUUGACCACGACUGGAAAUCGAACCCGCGACCUUCGCAUUUCUAGAACGACGUUCUACUUUCUGAGCUACAAGACCAAGUUGGGAACGAUUAUUUGUGAUGUUAAUGACAUAUCAGAAUUUGUCCCUCCAUGCCUGGUGCCAGCUAUUAAUCCAGCGAAUGUCGUGACAUCGUUCCCAACUUGGCCUUGUAGCUCAGAAUGUAGAGCGUCGUUCUAGAAAGGCGAAAGUCGCGGGUUUGAUUCCCAGCCGUGGUCAAGUCGAAUUAAUUUUCUGCUUGCCCCGCGGCUCAUACUCGUAAUCGAUCUAGGCGUAAUACUAGUUAUAAUGUUUACAAUGUUUUGUUCGCAGGCUAAAGAAGAUCAAUACACCUAUACGGUCACUGUGUGUACAUUAUUUUACUCAAGGCUGUUAGUUGAUAGCAGUGCUAAUGUUGCAACCACCUUGUAAAAUAUCAAGCAUGUAGCAACUGACGCGUUUUGUGUGUAUUUGCUGUUAACCAAAACCAACUGAAAUAAUAAAGUAACACAACCAUAGAAACCUAUUAAUUACCAACUUUACAUCUAUCACAAAAACCAUAAACAACGCAUCAUUACACGAUAUGACAAAAAAAUUUGCACAUCAGAGGCGGAAAAUGGGUUUAGCCUUGAGGGAUCAAAUUUAGCCUGGGAACCCGAGUUUAGCCUUUAGGAAUCAAAUGUUCUGCAAAAGAUUACAAUAUAAUAUAAUUAUAGGGAACUGUCUUUUUUACCUUAAAUUGUUGUAUGGAUUAUGUUCAUUAAGAUGCGUUGUCGUGUGAAGUAAUAUGUCUUUAAAGAGAUGUGGUAAUAAAAAUGAAUUUUGUCUUAUGUGAAAGAAAUUUUAAAGUUAUGCAUGAAGACCCUUUACAACUUUUUCGUACCUUGCUUGGUUUUCAAAAUAUUUUGACCAAAAACAGUGUGCAGUUCGCCAUCCUGUUAUUAUAAUUAACUGAGUUUUUGUUGACGUCACAAGCAGGGUAAACUUGUUAAAACUUCUUCAUGUGAGACUAAAUUUCUUCGAAAAGUUUGUUAAAAUGUUGCGAGUUAAUUGAGUACUUAAACAGGGUUCGUAGUCUCCAAGACCAAAAAAAUUCAAAGACUUUCAAAGAUUUUUUCUGCCUAUUUUGAAAGAUUUUUCAAAGACCUUUGAGAGCAAACAGCUGUCGGAAAAUUGCGAGUGUAUAAGCACCAUUUUUACCCAGUAAUUAGUCUCGUCAUAUCACAUCCUAAAAUGCGCCUUUUCGUCGAUAUUUGCGAAAAUCUUGCUUCAAUCAAUCUAUUUUAUUAGCUAGGAAAUCGUAUAAUCAAAUACUCACUAAAUAAUUUAAAGACUUUUAAAGACUUUCUUCGCUUUUUCACACAAUUCAAAGACUUUUCAAAGACCUUAAAGACCUGUAUUCAAAUUUAAAGACUUUCAAGGAUUUCAAAGACCGCUACGAACCCUGUGAAAAGACUUCGGAAAAUCGAGUUUCAUAUUGAUGACGCGUGGCGUUUACCCUACUUGUGACGUAUGCUAUCGAAUGCAUAUCCAAGAUGGCGGAAUGCACGUUGCUUUUGAUCAAAAUAAGUCGAUUUAUUUCGAAAACCAAGCAAGCGUAUCUUGCUUAAAAGGAAUAAUUUGUAAACUACGGAAGUUUAUAUAUCAUUUUAAAUGUUCUUUCAAAUAAGACAAACUUAAUUUAUAUUGCCAUAUUCCUUUUAAGACUGAUAAUUAUCAAUGCAUACAAGAUAAAUCCUGAAGUAGUCAUGGUAGUCUUACUGGAUUAAAAACAACUUUCCU